AUGCAGCAUUUAGUACUUCGGUUGAUGGCCUCGCCUGCAGCAGCAGCAGCAGCAGCUGAGUUCACUCGGGAAACUGUUCGCCGGUCGCUAAUCGCAAUCUCUCAGUCCCUCCCUGAGACUUCGCUCCUGAACCCCAAGGCCAACCCACCAAGCCCCACCCCUGGGGCAAACGCAUAUCUCGACGAUGGGGCGGCGAAGUGCAGAUCGAAGCUGAUCUCGAUCUCGUACCCGUCCACUCCUGAUGCCCUAUCCACGCUGUGCCCCCCGAAGAACACUGCAACCGUGUUAUCACUGACGCCUAAUUAA